AUGCUGAAGGUGGCCCAGUUGGAGACGAUCGUAGAGCUCCAGCAGAUCGAGAUCCACGGCUUGAACGAAUGGAAGCGCAGUCAAACCGCCGGCCAGGCUGGAGCUUCCGAGGCUGAAGUGAAAGCCAGGGAGGUGGCGUCUGGCACGCAAAAGGCCACGGAGGUCUUGAAGAAGGUCCUCCACAAGCACAACCACCAAAGGGACAGGCGCGAGUUUUCUUCGCACCAGCAGAAGCGGGUCGGGGAAGAACCGCGGAAGCCAGAAGAGGACGAGGCGAGCCGGAGCCGCGCGGACAAGGCCCGGCUGCUGCAGCGCCGGGCGAAGGCGUCCCAAAGGACCAACGCUACCGCCCAACACCUGGAUUCGUCAGUGUCCUCCAAGGGAGUUCCCAUCAUUGACGACGUAGUGGACGUCGUUGAGGAUGGUACAGAUGUUAUCACCGACGGCACCGGCUUGGUCGGAGAUGCCUUAGGCGACGCCUACGAGGCCGCGGAGGACCAGGUGUCCUUCGUAGCCAAUACAGUCAUCGAUACGGUGGAGAUGGCAGUGGACAUCCUCAUCCGUGGCUUUACCGAUUGGAAUGCCGGCUGCGACGAGAACAGGUGGCCUUCGAUGUCGGUGGGCUCCCAGGGCAUUGACGUCGACUGGGGUCGGCAGAGGUGUUGGGUGAGGCUCAUGGGCCAGACCUGCACCCUCUUCGACUUCAAUUUCGGCACGGCGGACCUCAAUUGGCCUGAGCCAUUGAAAACGGUGGUUGGCUUCGGCAUCCAACCCGUGAAGGCGAUGAUCAACAUGGGCAAAGAGAUGGCUUCCUGCACCAACUUCGAUGAUCCGCUUGAGCUGAUCAAGUGCUUUGGCUUCAAGCUCAUCGAGAUUGUCCCUCCAUUGAGCACGCUGAAUCGCCUGAGCGACAUGCUCACCCAGUUUAUUGAGGUCUUCGCCCAGAUUGCCGCAACUGUCGUCAAGCAGGUCCUGGACGAUAGCCAGUCCUUGAUACAAAAGGCCUCGCAGUCCAAGUUUCCUGCCGCUGGGGAUGCGCCGGUGAUACACCACUCUGGCAGGAACCUCGUGAUCAAGACCCACUCGCAGCAUCCGAAGAAGCGGACACGAUCCAAGCUGCCGCGCCAUGAGAUGUCUGCGAUGCAGGUGCAGGCACAGGGUGAUGACGACGAUGGCGGCGGCGUGACGGGUGUCAUCAACUUCGCGGUACACGACCAGGAGGGAAACUACGUGACGAAGCUGAUCACGCAGUUCGACGGAAACCUGGUCCAAUGUUGGAGUGUUCUCGCUUCGGUGCAGGUUGUAAAAUCUUUUGCUGCAACGAAGGCGGAUUGGCAGGUCGACAACGAGGGUGAUUUCAUCCAGCUCGAGCCGUGGGCGGUGCCCUGUGACAAUUCGUGGAUGAAGGACCACUGGAACCAGUGGCAAGGGUACUCCUUCUACACCUGGGAGAUGUCCAUUGAGAAGUGCGUGACUGUGAGCUUUUCGCUGUCCAUGCAACCGGUGCUCUCUUUCGUCGGAGGCUUGGAGUUCGAUCUGAUGCCAGCGCCUUUGGCCUCCCUGGACACCACGGUUUGCUGGCCCGACAAGCAGCCGGGGGGAGUGGAUCUGAGCGUGCUGCGCACGGAGAUUCGCUCCGGGGGCAUUCUCCUUUUCAGCAGGACCCUGCGCCUGACUAAGCGCUUCGGUGGAAGCACUGACUUCACGAACUCGAACACGUUCGGGGCGCACGAGACCUGGCGCAACCCCAUCGGUAUCGCCGUGGGCCAGCAUUCGGUUGAGGAUGAUCGAACCUUGGAGCCGAUGGACAGGACCUCCAGCUUCUUGCAGUCCAACCGCACCGAGAAGGCCAAGGCCAAUGCCUCUGAUGCAGAGGCACCCCAGAGCUCGUUGGUUUGGGAGACGGACAUGGAGGAAUUCCACCUGGCGACCAUCGACUACGGCCAGGACACAGCGCCCACAAUUCAGGGCCGCGGGGCAGGGGACCUGGGUAUCAAGAAGACUUCAGAACGGCGCGGGCAAGAAGCCUUCAGCACAUUGCAGCAGAAGGCUGCCUCAUCGGACUACUUCCAGCUUUUCAGCUUCAAGAAUCCCGGAACGGUGAACUUUGAAAUUCAGGGCCUUCUGGAGAACAACAAGCUGGAGUUGGGAAUGAAGGUGAAUAUGGGCCCCUUCUCGUCGCCAGAGAAGAGAAUCCGCCUGCUAGACAUCGUGGACCAGUUUUCGCUCGUACUGACGGCCAUGCCUUUCGUGUCGGCAGAAACCAAGGCGAAGGCCAUCCUCGCUCUUCAAGGCUUCACUGGUGACGAUGUGGGGCAGGCAUGGAAAGCCGUUCCACCUCCGUCACUCCGCCCCGGCAGCACCAUCGCCUUGUACAAUGCCAAGUGGAGGCGAUAUCUCCGCAUGAACGAUGAGGCCGAUAUGGAUGGCAGCAGCACCAAGGACUUCGACGAGUUUCCCUCGGGCUGGGAGUGGGAGCGCUUCACGGUGGUGGAUGCCGGAAAUGGGCAGAUCGCCCUGCACAGCAGCAAGCACAAUCGCUUUGUUAAAAUGGGUGGCAAUCGCGACAUGAUGGCCAGCGACGUCAAGGCCGCCAACGAGCUGCCAAGCCACUGGACGAACGAGCUCUUCACAGUGGUCUACGUGGGGGAUGGAGAGAUCGGGCUCCACAACCCUUAUCGCAACCGUUACAUCCGACUGGGCGACGGCAACUGCGAUGCCAGCGAAGAACAGAGCGACGCUGGCAUUCGUGACGGAUGGACCUGGGAGCGAUUUAGGGUGAAGGAGUUGCAACCUUUCCUGAAACCAGGCACCAUCGUUGCGCUCCACAACGCAAAGUGGAACCGCUUCCUGCGCAUGAACAGUGAGGCUGACAUGGAUCGGAGCAGCGAAAAGGCUGCCAACGACCUUCCUGUCGGAUGGAGGUGGGAACGCUUCCUGGUCGUGGAUGCCGAGAACGGUCAGGUGGCGCUGCAUAGCGCAGAGUGGAAUCGCUUCGUAAAGAUGGACGGUGGUGAGAUGCAGGCCAGCAGCACGAAGAAUGCAGAUGCCCUGCCGAACGGCUGGACCCAUGAGAGAUUUGCCGUGGUGCCUGCUGGGAACGGGGAAAUCGCCCUCCAUAACACUCAUCAUAAUCGCUUCAUUCGUAUGAACUCGGAUGACGUCGACGCCAGCAGCAGCAGGCAGCCGCAGGACCUUCCUGACAGCUGGACGCACGAACGAUUUCAGGUGGUAGUGACAUACGACCCCGAUACGUCCUCCGAUAGUUCUGGAGAUUCCAGCUGGUCCUUCCAAGCACGAUAG